AUGGAGUCACCCAAUCAGACACAUGCUUCAGAAUUUCUCCUUUUGGGAUUUUCAGAAAGGUCAGAGAUUCAGUUUAUCAUUUUUGGGCUCUUCCUGGCCAUGUACCUGGCGGCCGUGCUGGGGAACCUGCUCCUCAUCCUGGCCGUCGGCGCCGACCCCCACCUGCACACCCCCAUGUACUUCUUCCUCUCCAACCUGUCCCUGGCGGACAUCUGCUUCACCUCCACCACCGUACCCAAGAUGCUGGUGAACAUCCAGGUGCAGAGCAAAAUCAUAACAUAUAGAGGCUGCCUUGGCCAGAUAUUUUUUUUCAUUGUGUUUGGAUGUCUGGACAAUCUCCUCCUGGCCGUCAUGGCCUACGACCGCUUCGUGGCCAUCUGCCACCCCCUGCACUACUUGGUCAUCAUGAGCCCCCGGCUCUGUGGAUGGCUGGCCCUAGGUUCCUGGUGCCUGAGUGUCCUCGGCUCCCUUCUCAAGACCUUGACUGUUCUGAGACUUUCCUUUGGCACAAACGUGGAAAUUCCACACUUCUUUUGCGACCUCCCCGAGGUCCUGAAGCAGGCCUGUUCCGACACCCUUAUCAAUAACACAGUGGUCUACUUCACCACGGGCCUCCUGGCCGUCAUUCCUUUCAGUGGCAUCCUUUUCUCUUACUAUAAGAUCGUUUGCUCCAUUUUGAGGGUGUCCUCAGCUGGAGGCAAGCACAGAGCCUUCUCUACCUGCGGCUCUCACCUCCUGGCGGUGUGCCUGUUCUACGGCACGGGCCUGGGCGUGUACCUCAGCUCUGCGGCCACCUCAUCUUCCAGCUCAAGUCUAGUGGCUUCAGUGAUGUACACCACAGUCACCCCCAUGUUGAACCCCUUCAUCUACAGUCUGAGGAACAGGGACAUAAAGGGGGCCUUGGGGAGACUCCUUGGCAGGCUGGCACCACCCAGGCAUGGGGCCGUUACAGGAUUCUCGUGGUAG